CCGGGGCUGCGCCGCCGCCGCCGAGCGCGCUGUGGGAGCACCGCGCCUGCCGCACUUGAAAAGAAAGUGCAAAGGAGGUGUUUCCCUCCAUUGGCUCAUCUUCACUGUACCUCUCCCAUUCUGCUUCCUCCUCCUUAUAAUCCCCAAGUGAAGAUGAGGAGCCUGCUGCGAAUAUGACAUCCGUGACUAGUGUCAUUGCCUCCCACCAGUCUGAGUGGGUGUCCUUCAAUGAUGAGCUGAUCCUCCCUGUUAGCCCACGAGGUAGCACUGAGGAGCCUCUGGAGAAAUGUUUUAAUUCCUCAGACACCUCCCCAGAAGAGAACCAAAAUGCAGAUGGAGAAUUUAAAGACCUUUUCUGCACACAGUUGGAAGAGGCAGCUGACCAAACCAAGGUGGAUUCUGCUGUGCUUGGUAACCGUGUGUGUCCUAGCACUGAUCUGUCAUCAUCCAUCAGUGCUUGGGUUCAGUUUGAAGACGCCUCAUGGACUAGUGCUUCAUCAACCCACCCACAAACAGUGUCUGCAUCAAAAGUACCCAGCUGGACCUCCCCCUCUUCCAACUCUUCUGAGAGGCAAGCCCAUGCCUCAGAGAGCAGCUGGACAACCAACUCAGAGGACACCAGCAGCCCAAGCAUUGCUCCCUCCUACACAGAUCUGCAGUCAAUUAAUACUGAGGACUUGACCAGUGGUAGAACAUCUGCAGCAGAUUCAGCUGACAAUUCCUCGUCUCUCCAGGAAGAUGAAGAGAUAGAUAUGGAGGCUGUCAACUGGCAGCUGAACAACACCUCUGUGAAUGGGCAUUCGUCUACCCCAACCACAGUCCGCUUUCCCAGCUGGGUGACUUUUGAUGACAAUGAAGUCAGUUUUUCACCGCAGAACCUUUCUCCCUUGAAAACAAAUACCCCGUCUGCAGAAACACAGGCUCCAGAUGUUAACUUUAACCUCACUACAUCCUUGAAGAAAAGAGAACGUCCUAAAAGCACAUUGGGGGACCUCUCUAAAAUUCAAAAACUAGAUCUCUCCUCCCUAACCAAGUUGCCUUCUGUUGAAACACCACCAUGGAGUGCUACUAAUCCCUUUCUGGAUGAAUCUCUCCGAGAUGUCCAACCCUCACCCAUCAAUCCAUUCAGCUCCUUCUUUGAGGAGCGAGAGAGGCGUUCCAAAAGCUCUUCUGUCUCCAGUGCUCCAGGCAAAAGCCAAAGAGACUCUCUCAUUAUUCUCCAUCAAGAGCCUGAUACCAUCAGUUUCCAUGAGGCAAACAAAAGUCUAACCCACACAGAUGCUGUAGAGCAGCUCAAACAACUCCAGAUUGGAGACCCAGAUCAUGUGAGCAGUUCUACUUUGCCUGAUGAUGACCCCAUGAUGCCAUAUGAUCUGGAUGCAGCUUUAUUUAACCUGGCACCAGCUCAGCCAAAGGAUGGAUGGCCAAUGAUGCUCAGGAUCCCAGAGAAGAAGAAUAUUAUGUCAUCCAGGCACUGGGGACCAAUAUAUGUCAAGCUGACCAACAGUGGAUGUAUACAGCUUUUUUAUGAGAAGGGGCUAGAGAAACCUUUCCGGGAACUCAAACUGGAAAUCAAUCAUGAGAUUUCGGAGCGCAAACUCCAGAACUACGACGAGAAUGGAAGGAUACACAGUGUGCGGUUGGAUCGCACAACGUACAAGGAGAAAAAGAAGUAUCAGCCUAAACCAGCCAUUGCACACACAGCAGAGAGAGAGCAAAUUAUCAAGCUUGGGACUACAGAUUAUGAAGACUUCCUUAGCUUCAUCACUGCUGUGCAAGACACACUGAUGAACUUGCCAGCUUCAUCAACAGAUCUGAGCACAGUGGGACUGAACUAUCAAGAAGAAGAAAUCACUGUUGAUGUCAGGGAUGAGUUUCAUGGCAUAUUGGCCAAGGGAGACAGUGCGAUUCUCCAGCACUGUGUGCUGACCCAUAUCUAUGUUCUCAGCUUCCUUUCUGGCCUGGCAGAGUGCAGACUGGGCCUUAAUGAUAUCCUGAUCAAAGGGAAUGAAAUAGUUGCAAGGCAGGAUAUUAUGCCCACUACUACCACUAAGUGGAUUAAAUUAUACAGCUGUCAGUUCCAUUCAUGUGUGGAUGAGGACAUGUUUAAUAACUCCCGUAUUAUCCUGUUCAACCCUUUGGAUGCCUGCCGGUUUGAACUGAUGCGAUUCAGAACUGUCUUUGCUGAGAAAACUUUGCCUUUUACUCUGAGGACAGCUGCCAGCAUCAAUGGUGCUGAGGUGGAGGUGCAGAGCUGGCUGAUGAUGUCCACGGGAUUCUCUUCCAAUCAUGACCCUUUAACUCAGGUCCCUUGUGAAAACGUGAUGAUCCGCUACCCAGUGCCAAAUGAGUGGGUGAAGAACUUCCGCAGGGAGAGUGUCCUGGGGGAGAAAUCUUUGAAAGCCAAGGUGAACAAGGGAGCCACUUUCGGAUCAACUGGUCUGUCUGGUUCUGAGCCAGUAAUGAGAGUAACUUUGGGAACUGCCAAAUAUGAGCACGCCUUUAAUUCCAUCGUAUGGAGGAUAAACCGACUGCCUGACAAAAACUCAGCUUCUGGCCAUCCUCACUGCUUCUUCUGUCACCUAGAGCUUGGCUCUGACCGGGAAGUGCCUUCCAGUUUUGUCCGCUAUGUAGAUGUGGAAUUUGACAUGCCCACUACUUCUGCAUCCAAAGCUGCUGUUCGGUCCAUCUCUGUUGAGGACAAGACCGAUGUGAGGAAGUGGGUCAACUAUUCAGCACACUACAGUUACAAGGUUGAAAUAGAGCAGAAAAAAAGCUUGAAUGAGGAUCUGAAGGGAGAAAAUACAGCAAAUGUCAAUGAAUGCGCUACGCAGUGAAGGAAGAUCAGUCUGCAAGUCCCAAGAGGGGUGGUCAAACUAACAGACCUGAAAGAACGGACUUGCAGGGUUUGGGUAUUUUUCUGUUAAAUUAUAGAGUACUACUUUUAAAAUAAUACUCUGAAGAGUAUUAUUUUUUGCUGUGUGAUGAUCCAUACUUUGAGAAGAAGCUCAUCAGCGGUUUGUUUGGAGCAGACCCUUGGGCUUUUUCUGGAAGGAUACAAGUACAGUUGUAGAGUCAAGCCUGCCUUUUCUGCCUCUUCACCAUCUAGGUUCUGCACUCAAGUAUGGUCUGGCAACCAUCACAGCCAGAAAGCAGCCUUUAUCUCACUUACAAUCUUACCCUCCUACAUUAAGCAUUUUAUUUAUAUGCCUUUUGAUUUGGUCAUUGACUGAAUCACUUCCUUCUGAACUGCCAAAAUAAAAUCCAGGUAGCAUCAAGUGAAAAAUUAUAUAAAAUCUCCUUUUCGAAGUGGUCAACAGAGUGAAAACCCUGAACAUCAUUCUGGAGAAUCAACACACUCUGCAACAUAAACAUAAAGAAUGAUCUCUAUGUUUAAGCUGACGAACUACAGACAGGACAGACAAUUAUGUAGCUGUUCUUUUGUUCACCCCUUCCUGUCUCAUCCCCCAAAAUGACAUCAUUGUGCACAUUUUCAUGGGGUCUGCACAAGUUACAAGAAAGCCUCUGCGAUUUCUUGAAAAUUUUAUUUUUUUACUCUGAGCUGUUCUGUUAUCUUGACUGAACGUGGUUAUGGCUGCUAGCAACAGGGAAUGUGUGUUGUAAUAGAGGAGAUACAGGAGAGACUUUGCUAAGAUUAGAUCAUUCCUGCCUAGAAAGAUAUUUAAGGGAAAAACAUGGGGGGUUAGUUUUGGGUUUGGGGGGGUUUAUAUAUUUUCUUGGAUGGGUAAGGUGGGUGGUUAUUGAAAAUGUCAUAACACAAUUACUUUAAGAGACAAUGUUGUGUGCUUUCCUGAAAAUCCUUGGAAGUCCAUGCAGCACAAUAUUAUUUUCAUGUUCUUUCCUGAACCUACAAUAUAAGUAACUUGUAUCUUCAUAAUUCCCAAAUCUUUGUUCGCGAAGCCUAGCCAUGAUCUUCAUAAUACUCCCAUUAACUGGGCCCCAAAAUCUUUUCGAAAAAAUAACAACACGCUUCUAUUAUGGAGAUUUUUUUAAUCUCUACUUUGGCUGGAAGUAACAGCAAGUCUUAAAACUUCUUUCUAAAAAAAAAAUGCAGAAGACAUAAAUCACUCACAUAUAUUUUCAGAGAAAACAGUGUUAAAAGUACCCAUUUUUAGUUGUUUCUAUGGCUUGUGUAAUAUUUUGUCUUGUAAUUUUAAAUGUAAAAAAAUAAUUUAUUAAAUCAUUUGUCUUUUGAAAGGUUACUACUGACUUUAAAAUACACAUUUGGAAAGCCGUGGUAAUGUAAUUUAAAAUCAUAGUGAAUUAAAAUGAAAGCUUUUUUUAUAAAUUUAUUUUAUUUUACAAUGAGUAUAACAGAAAAUUAAUACACUCUUGAUUUAAUACUUUCACUGUGACUACUAUGAAAAUUAUUACAAUGUUAAAAUCCCAAAUAAAACAUGAGAUUAAUUACAUUGAGUCUGAAACUGGUAGUUGUAGAAUUUAAAACAAAUUAUAGGGAACUUAUAAAUGCCUUUUUAUAUGCACCUAAAUUUCAAGCCUAUAUCAUCCUAGUGAUACAUACUUAACACAGGUACACCACUGUAAAUAUGUAAAGUCUCAGUCCUUCUAGGACUUCUUAAUAAACAUGCAGGUAGCCCUACUCGAGCCCAGGGAGCUCCUCAGAGCACACCAGUUAGUACUAAGCAUUUGCAACAUCCUUCUGUAAAUGGAAGAAUGCUAUUAAUUUUUAUGAGGAAUUUUGAGAUCAGUGGAUUAAAAUUACUGAUAUUAUUAAAUGAUUCUGCCCCAAGAGCAUGGGGCUGAAUUUGUGACUGAUUGUCAGCUCUGUUACAGACUGGCUGUGAUGAGUUGCAUGGCAACUCCUCUCUAAAAAAUUCAUUCUUCUGUUCUAAGGCAGUCAAAGAACUUCUGGGUAUUUUUCCUGUUUUUCACUACAGCUCCUAGUGUACAGUUUCUGAAAUCCCAUCAGCAAGAAAUCCAAGAAAACCAAGCUGAAGGAGUGCUGAGAUAUUACUGAGGAAGUGUGAGAAUGUUUUGUGAAAGAAAUGGUUGGGAGGUUUCCUACUCUGAGCUGUAGGCUCAAUGUCUUAAUUUUUGCCUAUUGCCCCCCAGCCCAUGGACACACAGAUAAAUAAAUUUAUGUUGUACUCCUUAAAGAGGAAUAAAUUUAUGUUGUACUCCUUAAAGAGGGAAGAAAAUAAAAGGAAUAUCAUUUUCCAUCUCUGUUGAAUUCUUAAGCCAUUCAGCCUCUGUCAUAUUUCAGCCACAGAAUACUUCAUGCCCCAGAAACUGAAUGAUAAACAUACUGGAGGUUUCUGGAUUUACUUAAUUUUUCUACCAGUUUAUCAUUGAUUCUUUUUCUUAAAUUCAGAAUCAAUGAAUGAAGGAAAGAGUAUGGACCUGAAUUUAAUCUUUCUUUUGUAGUUAGUUGUACACUGAAGUAUCUCUUCCAAUCCUCAUGGAGCUAAGCAGACAAAACUGGAAAAAGUGUUCUGGUUUAUAUGAAAGUCAUUUUAAUCCAUUCUGAUCUCCAAAGAGCAUUUUUUGGAUGUUCCUCCCACUGAGUUUUCAAGAGUUUAGCAUGAAUACCUCAGACAGAGUUUCAAAAGACCUUAUUUCCUGUUAAAGGACAGGAGUUAGUUGUUUGAUUUUUCAAAAAAACACUCACAACCAAAACCUUUAGAAAAUCUAGCGUUGGUGUCACCAGUUCAGCACCAUUACGAGCACUGAGCAUUUGAACACUGGGAUCCUAAGUGCCCUUAAUGAGGCUUCCACUGUUCUUUAUUGAUUAAACUGUGCCAAUUUUUCAGUGUUAGACACUGUCAUGCAUGAACUUUAUGUACAUGAACCAUAUACUCUUCAUCCAUACGUGUAUAGUAUUAAUCUGAACAGACUGUUGAUGGGAGUGAGGGACAAGAUCUGAGCUAUGUGAGUUUUGAGAGUAGCUGAAAUUAUUUAGAGAUAAGCUAUGCCUGUAGUGGGGAUGAUUUUUCUUUUUUUUUUUUUUAAAAGUCUUGCAGAAAAAUCUUUGACUAGUUUCAGAUUAAUACUUCUUUUGAGAAAAAUGCAAUCACUGUCCUUUGGUUUAUUUGAAAGCUUUGUAGUACUCAGACACUCCAUGCAGGAAAUGUGCCUUCAAGGUAAGCAUACAUUUACUCCCUGAAGAUAUUCUUACUUUCAGCCCUCUUUCUAUUUCUCAUUAUUGUUUUGUUUAAUUUUUGUACUGUGGUAAGACUUGAGCUAUUGUAUGGAAUUUUGCCUAGAAAAAUAAAGUAUCUUUGAUCACGAAAGGUAAAGAUGAACAACA